AGUUGCCACGAAAGUCGCGCGAACGCCGGUAACGGAAAUUCUCAGCAAACGCAGCGCAACGUCGUUUUCGCGUCGCCGUCGACGUCGGCGUUGUGUCGUCGCCGCAGCAGCAAAAAAUAAAAAUAAAGUAGAAGAAAAAGAAUAGAAAUAACUGCAUACGAAAUACAUCCAAAUAAAAACGUAGUCGCUUUUAUUGAAACCCACAACAAACAAAAGCCGAAACGAAGAAAGUGAGCACACAUUUGUUGUUGGUGUGUCAAGCGAAUUCCACACGCAGCCGCAAAUUGUAUUAAAUUCGAAUUGUUUAAUUUAAUUGUAAAGGACAUCGAUAUCGGAACGACAAGGAUACCCACACACAAAUCACACCUAAAAGACUGCAAUCUGCCUUAACCAUAGGAAAGCCAGAGAAAGUAAAGUAAAGAAAGUAUCGAGAAAGACCCAUACAGGGUAGCAAAUCGGGCGAAGCAAGCAAGAAAGUGCGCAGAUUGAUCCCGGCAUCUGGGUCCAGGAUCUGAAUCGGUUAAAUCACUAAGCUUAAUCGGUAUCAUAAUCAAAUGAUCACCAUGACUUCGUUCAUCGAGCUGCUGGGACUUUUCUUGCUGCUUAUGCUGCCAUUCCUCUACGAGACCAAUCACAUAUUCCGAUACUACUUCAAAUUCCUGAUGUACUACGGCAUCGUAUCGUUCAACUCGAUCAUCCUCAUCCCGGCAUUCCUCACCCGACCCUGCGAUGUCCGCAAUCUGCUAUGGGCGAGCACCUGGUGCCACCGCGUUUCGACGUUGAUUGGCCUGCGAUGGGAGCUGCGCGGCAAGGAGCAUUUGGCCAAGGACCAGGCCUGCAUCAUUGUGGCCAAUCACCAAAGCUCGCUGGAUGUGCUGGGCAUGUUCAACAUCUGGCAUGUGAUGAACAAGUGCACAGUGGUGGCCAAACGAGAGCUCUUCUACGCCUGGCCUUUUGGUUUGGCUGCAUGGUUGGCUGGCCUAAUCUUCAUCGAUCGUGUGCGCGGCGAGAAGGCGCGCGAAACGCUGAACGAUGUGAACCGGCGCAUCAAGAAGCAGCGUAUCAAACUGUGGGUUUUCCCGGAGGGAACGCGCCGCAACACGGGCGCACUGCAUCCGUUCAAGAAGGGCGCCUUUCACAUGGCCAUCGAUCAGCAGAUACCCAUCCUGCCGGUGGUCUUCUCAUCCUACUGCACAUUCCUCAAUGACAAGAAAAAGAUAUUGAAUUCGGGUCGCAUUGUGAUUACCACGUUGCCGCCGGUUAGCACCGAAGGACUAACCAAGGACGACAUCGAUGUGCUAAUGGAUCGUGUUCGCUCCCAGAUGAUUGAAACCUUCAGGGUCACGUCCGCGGAGGCGUUGCAGCGUUACAAGCCUAUAAAAAGGGGAGGAAUUCCAGCCGCCUCAUCAGCAUCAACAUCCUCCUCCUCCACCACAACAACAGUGGCUUCUCCGGGAACUGCUGCCACUCCCGUUGCGGAUGCGGCGGUGGCUGCCGCAGCUGCCGUGGCCAGUAACAGUUCGGCCUACGGUCAACCGCCGGGCUACGGAGCCGGAGCCGCAAAGGCCAGCUUGCUCAAGACACUUUAGGCUAUGCAGCAAUUCAAUCCAUACACACACGCAGCCACACACUCAUAUCCAAAAAUACGAAACACCUCAUGGCGUAGCUGGAGUGCCACGUUGGGGGCUUUUAGUUGGACACGUCAACCGGCAAUCAGCUUUAUUUGGGCCUAUUUGGGAAUUCUGUAGUCUACAUUUGUGCAAUUAUCGUACGCGUGCAGUAUUUGUUUUGAUAUUAUUGUUUGAAGUCCAAACUAUGUUUUCUCAUCAGUUUAUUGCAUAUUAUUCGUAAUUUAUUUCUCAAUUCGUGUAGAACUAAAUUAUUUUUUAAGUUAUUUUUUAUGUCCUGCUUUAUGUAACCAAUUGAUUGAAAGCAAAAGAGAAAACAGCAAUCGAUUCCAAUUUUAUUUAGUUAACUGAAAAUAAUAAGUUAAAAUUGCUGAUUACUUGUAAAUACCAAAUCCGUACCACUUUAAAACAACGAAUUAAGAAAAGUAUUACCACUUGAAAUAAUUUAGCAAUAUGGAUUUUGAUAGUGCGCUAGUCUUAUUUGAAAAAGUCAAAUCCCAAAUAGGUCUAAGUUAACACACACUUUUUCGAACAUAAAUCAGCUUUGUUUGCAUCAUUUUGUAGAUUUACGCACUUGCAUAAUAUUUUAGUCACAUCCAAAUGUUUACGAAAAAGUGUACUUCAAAAGCCAAUUCCAUGUUACGAUUUCGGCUACAGUCCACGCAGCAACACAUCCACUCACAUCCAAAUAGUUUGACUAAUUCAGGCACCAAAAUAAGUAUUAGGAGAAGCAACCGCAAAACUGCGACCCUCGACUGUCCGACUUUAACUCUUUCUUAGGCAACACAUACCAAAAAGCAACUAACAGCGAACCAAAAACAUUAACUCUAUCCCUUACAAGAUGCAACAGGAAGCGGAGAACAUGUCCAACUCGAAAUGGCUGGGAUUGUUAGGGGAUUGUUAAAAUCCAAGCCAUUUCGAUUAGGUUUUUAUGCCCCUAGAUUAUAUGAUAGUUCCAUGAUAUCUUUUGAUCCUGUUGCCGCCUGUUCUGGUUAGAUGAUUACACCAAAUAAUAUGUAAUUAUAAUUAAAUAAAUAUCUAAACACACAUUGUGAA